AUGGCUCCAUCAUCAGAAUCCCUCGGCAGCUGUAUUAUUGUGGGUGGAGGACCCGGCGGCGUGCAUGUCGCCACAACGAUUGCCAAGAUGUGCGGCGCUACGGUGGAUGUGACGAUUGUGGAUCGUCAAAAUUAUAUGGAUUGGAGUUUGGCAUCGCCGCGCAUGUUGGUGGCGCCCGACGAUAUUGACCAAUAUGGCUAUUGUAUGCCAUUGGAUAAAGUCUGUGAAUUUGUGGGACUGCAAAAAGGCAAAAACAAAACCACAUUUGUCCAAGCCGCCGUCACACAAGUGGGCCCCAAAAGUGUAACGUUGGACAAUGGCCAGACACUAGAAGCGGAUGUCAUUGUGGUUGCUAUUGGAGGACAAUAUUCAUCGGGGGCGAUUUGGAAACCCACGCCCGAUCUCACUACUCGAGAAACGCGAAUUGCGGCGUUUCGGACAUUGCGCGAAAAAAUUGCCAACUCGAAACACGUCGUCGUGACAGGCGCGGGUCCCAGUGGCGUCGAAGUGGCGGGAGAACUCAAGGCCGCCUUUCCCGAUCUACAAGUCACCAUGGUGGGAUCACUCUUGCCCAAUUCACCGGAAGUAUUGCAGAUACGUGUCAAGACGGCAUUGGAAGGAAUGGGUGUUGUCGUCAAGGAAGGCCGAGUCGAUGCCAAGGAACCCGACAGCGACGGCACGGUCAAGACCCGUGAUGGCGGCACGACUAUCGAAAACGUCGAUUUGAUUUUAAAUGCCGCUGGAUUUACAUUCAAAGGAAAAGAUAUUGCGGACGACACGCUCCAGAAAGAUGUCACGGACCGUGGUCAAUUCAACUGUCGUCAUACACUCCAACUCGCAUCCACCGAUUCCGUCUUUUGCUGUGGAGACGUGCUGGCCGUCCCGGAAGGCUACUAUGCCGAUGUCAAGGGACUCCAACAUGCCGACAUGACGGCCGAAACGGUGGGUAAAAAUGUCGUGGCAAUGCUCCAACAAAAACCACUCGCCGAUUUUGCAUGGAGCAAGACACCCAUUAACAAACCCAUGAUGACCGCCUUGGGACCCAAAAUUGCCAUUGGAUACAUGGGAAUGCCCAAUUUUAUGGAAAACUUUCUGGGACGAACCUUGAAAUGCAAGGACUAUUACAUGAGUCUCAAAAAGAGUGGGUAUGGAAAGGGCAAGACGUGGUAG